GAAAAAAGAGGAGAGCAAUGUGCGACAUUAUGAGAAAAUAGUCUUGCAUGCAGCAGGGUGACAAUGUGCCGAAAUUGAACAGUGCAGGUACAGUGUCCUCAGUGAGCACGUAGGGAGGCACAGGCCAGGUGCUCACUUUGCCAUGCAAGAUCGCCAGCUUCUCCGGCAGACAUACUAAUGCAUGCAAAACAAUUUUCAUCACUCCUGGCAUAACAACAUGCCACUCUCUGGCAACAUCAAGACAGUCAAAAGGUCUCUUCGAUUUGGCAGCACCGGCUGCACCAGUUCAGAGGAUGCAGCACCGUCGUCUUCGUUUUUCCGGUGCUGCGCGCGCCCUCUGCACUUUUUUCCUCGUUUUGUCAAGGUGCAGGCCUAGUUCUGCACAGGUUCUCGGCCGCCGUGCACCAGCCCGAGGAGAGGUGCCGAGAAAGUGCAGGCAUGGCGUGCUACAUCCCACCCAACCGUAAGCAGACGACGCUGAAGCUCGUUCUCCAGGGUGUCGAGAAGGAAGUUAAUCUGCUUCGCAACCAGGAUGGUUCAGCCAUGGAGACCUCGGAUGGUUAUGUAUACCAGGCAUCAGACGGGCAAUGUGUCACUUUGCGGUUCGCGGCCAACGAUGAGGACUUGCCCACUCCAGCGCAGCCUACGACGCCCGCUUCCGCCGCCGACAGUGACAAUAGGCACCCGCUAGCCACUCUUUCUGAAGCAUCCGCUGAAGACGUAGAACUGUGGAGUAGUCGGAAAACAAAGUUCAUCUCCAAAUACUCGGAGAUGAAGGACUUAGUUGGAAGAAGUAGAGCCUUAAGAACGAGGAAGCUUUUGUGGCUAAAACUUGCGGAACUUCUGAAUGAGGAGUUCAGCUGCAACCUCACUGCCACUCAAGUACAAAAUAAAUGGAAAUCGUUGGACCGUUCCUACAAAAAAUCAAAAAAAGAGAACAGUUCGUCUGGGCACCACCGUGUGAGCUGUGAACACGAGCAAGAGCUGGCUGACAUACUCAAGAAACAGCACAGUGUGAACCCCACAUUGCUGUUGGAGCCCGGAGCAACAAUCCUGUCAAGUGGAAACUCAGGGGGAAGCACGACAGAUGAACGGCCUGAGAACCUACCAGCACCAAAGAGGAAGCGGAACAGCCGUUCUAAGCUUCCUCCCCUCUUAGUACUAUAGAAAAAAUUGGUGACGCAAAAAAAAAAGCAAGAGGAGGCGAGAGCAGAGCAAUUUGAAGCUCACAAGAAAUGGGAAGAGGCCAAGGCCAAGCGUGGCUCGGUUUGACCGCCUAGCAGAUUUAUUUGCUAAGCAGCAAAGUACAUCUAGUCAACAAUAAAGUUGUGUUACAACAGCA